AUAGCGCCACCAAUAUACGGCGAAGGGCUAGGUACGGUACACGCAAGGUGAACAGCAGCUAGCUGCAUGCCGCACAUAAUUUUGCUGGUUUCUGAUGUUCGUUUCUGCCCAUUUAAGGCCGUAUUUAAUAACAUUAUCCAGCAAUCUGAGAUUCUUUGGGUGUAACCAUGUCUGCUGCAUCGAUGGUUGGUCGCAUAUUCCUUGUAACUGGUGCCUCAGAUGGCAUUGGUAAGCACACGGCCCUACGGCUGGCCCAGACUGGGGCUACGGUACUGAUGCACGGCAGGAACACAGAGAAAAUCCAUCAAGCCAAGAGCGAGAUCGCAGAGAAGACGGGCAGCAAGUGUCUGGAGGUCUACACCGCCGACUUGGCCUCUCUCCAACAGGUCCGUCGUUUGUCUGAGGAGAUCCACAACAACCACAGUAGCUUAGACGUCCUCAUUAACAAUGCUGGUGUGUUUUUGCCCAAACGGGAGGAGUCAGAAGACGGUCAUGAAAUGACAUUUGCAGUCAACGUCCUUGCACCGUUUCUCUUAACAUCCCUUCUGAUGGACCUCCUCAAGACUGGCAAGGCCAGCCGCAUCGUUCAUGUCAGCUCCAUCUCACAUCUCAACUGCUCCAAGAUCAACUUGGAUGAUCUGAAGACUUUGAAGCAUGGUUAUGGUGACGGCCGUCCCGCUUACGCCCUGUCCAAACUCUGCGAGAUCAUGUACACAUACCAGAUGGCUGAACUCCUGCGAGACACCAACAUAACGGUGAACUGUCUUGAUCCAGGGACAGUCAACACCAACAUGCUCAUGAAGGCUUGGGGGCCGAUCGGUAUUCCAGUCAAUGAAGCGAAUUCACAGUAUAUUGCAGCCACUGAUCCUGCGUUGGACGGGGUAACAGGAAAAUAUUUUGUAGAUGAUAAGGACACUAAAUCCUCAAACCUCUCAUAUGAUAAAGAUUUGCAGGACAAGAUCUGGGAUAUUCUUGUCAAAUUGACAGGAGCUGUGUUCUAAACAAAGAAAUAAUAGGCCUACUAAUUGACAUAAAAAAUAAUAAUACGGCCAAAAAUAAAGUCUUCGGUUUCUGGUCUGUGCGCGCAUCGUCGUAGCAAUGCUUGUCGGCAAAAUCAAAAACACAAAAAUUUCAAUUUUUUUUUUCAAUUUUAACGUGUUCUAGAUGGGUUUACAAUCGAGUAUAAGCUUUAUGCGGCCUCUCUG